CGUGAUGCUUUAGGACUGCCCCUAACACCCCGUCCGGUGGGUUCCUACCGGCCGCUCGGAAAAUGAAAAGGUGAAAAACAGUGUACGGGUCCCGCAAGGGCUCAAGUGAGAACGAAGGGGAGGGGCGAGCAGAGCUGAAGCGCCAUUUUUAAACAGCCGAGCCGAGUAAGACCCGUUGGAGGUAAUCUGGCCCAUGGGAAUGCCCUUUGGAGAGAAAGCAGUCUCUAUGACAGGAGCAGACUUGUGCUGAAAGCAUUUUUACCUGAUUGUCAUCUCAUUAGCAUUCAGUCAGAAUGGAUACCUUGCCAAAUAUCCUUUCUCCCGUGGGUGAAAGUGGCGAUCUUGCUAGUUCACAAGCAGAAGUGCAAAAACUGUUAAUUGAUGAAAGGAUGCGAUGUGAACAUCAUAAGACCAAUUACCAAACUUUAAAAGCAGAACAUACAAGGCUUUUGAAUGAGUAUACAAAAUCACAAAAUGAGCUGAAACAGCUUUUACAUGAAAAACAAACACUUCAUGAUCAGUUUCAGCUUCUGCUUGCUGAAGUCAGAGAAGAACUGUUGGAUAAAAAUAGGGAAGUAGAGGAGUUAAAGUUGCAGGUUAUAACACCACAGAAGCUAGAAUUGCUGAAAACACAAAUACAACAAGAUUUGGAAACACCUAUGAGAGAGCACUUUCGGAAGCUGAAUGAAGAAGUAGAAAAAUAUAGAACAGAAUAUAACAAACUUCGUUAUGAACAUACUUUCCUCAAAUCAGAGUAUGAGCACCAGGGAGCAGAGCACAUCCGUAUUUUAGAAGAAGCAAAAUUAAAAUAUGAAUCUGAGAUAGCAAGGCUGGAUAAAGAUAAAGAAGAACUACAUAACCAGCUGCAUAGUAUUGAUCCUACAAGAGAUCACAAGCGUGUGGAAGAACUAUUACGGGAAAAGACCCAACUACAACAGAAACUGAAGGGACUAGAAGCUGAAGUAGCAGAACUAAGAGCCCAGAAAGAGAAUUCUGGCAUGCAAGCAGAAAAUAUACAAAGAAUACAGAUGCGACAGUUAACUGAGAUGCAAGCUACCACAAGAUCCCUGGAGGCAGAAAAACAAUCUGUUAAGCUGCAGCUUGAGUGUGUGGAGAAAGAACUGCAGAUGAGCAACGAGCAAAAUACACUCCUAAUGGGCAAGCUGCAUAAAGCUGAACGAGAGAUCAAUGCUUUGACUACUAAAGUAGAAGAACUGAAGCAUUCACACAAGUUAGAAAUAACCAACAUCAAGCUGGAAACGGCAAAAGCUAGGAGUGAUAUAGAAAGAGAAAAGAACAAGAUUCAAAGUGAAAUGGAUGGGUUACACUCAGAUAAUGAAAUACUUAAGGCAACGCUUGAGCAACACAAAGUGCUGAUAGUAGAAAAGGAUCGUGAAUUAGUGCGCAAAGUACAAGCUGCAAAAGAAGAUGGCUUCCAGAAACUUGUGGCAUUACAAGAAGAAAAGUUAGAAUUUGAGAACAAGUUGGCUGAACUGCAGAAAAUGAAAGUAGAACAAGAAGCUCAGAUGCAAUCGGAAAAAGAUCACUAUGAAGGGAAGUUAUUGGCAAUGCGGUUAGCAGAAGAAUCAAGCAGAAGGGAAAUUGAGAAUCUUAGGCUAAAGCUCCAGCAACAAGCAAGCAAUUCUGAGGAGCUAGAAAAAGAGAGAAGCGAAAAUGCAAAUCUAAAGCAGCAAAUCCAUAGUUUACAACUCCAAGUGACUUCAAUUUCACAAUCAGAGAAUGACUUGAUGGAUUCCAAUCAGAAACUGAAGGAAAUCCUGGAGAGAUUAAAACAAGAAUAUCGGAAUGCACGAAGUCAAGCAGAAAAGGCUCAGUUAGAUUCAGAGAAAAAUCUGGAAGACAAGCGUAUAGAAUGGCUAGAAGAAAAACAUAAACUUAUUCAGCGCAUCACAGAGAUGGAAGUGAAGUACAACCAGACAAGGGAAAAAUUGCACCGAGCAGCAGUUGCUCAAAAAAAGAGAAAGACACUUAAUGACAAUAGGCAAAAGAAACUGCUGAAGAAAAUAGAACUCUUGGAAGCCAAGAGAGAAGAACUGGAAACUGAAAACCAGGUGCUAAACAGGCAGAAUGUUCCUUUUGAAGAACAUAUUCGCCUUCAAAAAAGACUCAAAGAUUUGCAGCGCAGACACAAUGAAUUUCGCAGGUUAAUUCUGUUUCCCACCAUCCCAACAGUAAAUCCAGUCAACCUGCUCUCUUCAACUUUGAUUCCUGGACCAGAGACAUCCUUUCCUCUUCUGCAGGAGGAACAACAUCAAAGAGAGGUUUUCCUGCUUCGUAAGCGCCUGGAAGAACUCGAAACUACACAGAGAAAACAAUUGCGAGAACUUGGUGCUUCUACUGAACGUCCUGAGUUGGCAGUAAGUCCUGACUCGAACUCUGAUCAAGAUAAGCUUGUUGAAGGAUAUGACUUACUAUCCGGGGAUGCCAAAUAAACGUGAAACGCUAAAGCACUAGGAAUUUUCAUCAUUUGCCAGAAGCAUUCACAUGUACGAGUGCCUUGAAAGGGAUGAAAACUUAAAUUUUAUUUUGAAUCAGUUGGUAUUCUUUCUAGAUUGGGGGGAAAAACCUCCCAACAUAUAGCAAGAUUUUAAUGCGAAUAAAAUUGUUGUUUGAAAAAAAGUAUACUUUUUAGAUUACAAAAGAUAAUCAUGUUGCACUAAAAUGCUUCUCUAACGAGACCUUCCUCGAACCUUUAAGAAAGCUUUGGUCUUAAGAAAAUCCCCCUUUUCUCUUUUGAGGCAUAGUUUUCAUUCUUUCAUCAAUAUUGGGACUGUGAGACUGGCAUCAUGCAGUUAAAAAUACUAAAUCACAUGAUUACUUGAAUACUGACUAUUGAUUGUGAAGCCAAGUGAACUUUCAUAAUAGCAGUCCAUGUAUUUGUGAGGAAUUUUGUUAUCUGCACUUUAAUACACUAUUUGGGAUCUCAAGAGAAGUAACAAGCUUUUAUAAUGAUUGUGAGUGAUGUGUGAAUAUUUUCUUUUACUUUUAUACAGGAUAUUUGUGUAGUCCAAAAUGUUUUUCUUAACUGAUCAUAUGUUUAUUAUAAUAUAUUUUUAUAAAAUCUGCUUCCUUGUUGUGUGUUCAAUUACAGCAGCUUUGUCAGAGAGCUUUAAGUGGGGAUUCCUAGAUUUUCUUAUCCAUGCCUAAGUAAAAUUGACUGCACUCCUCAGUAAUUUACCAAAUUGCUUUGUUUUCUCCAUUUUUUUUCUUAAUGCAGUAUGGAGAAUAUGUGUUGAGAUAUGAUUGGUUUCUCAUGUUUCAGGUGCAGAGUUUAAUAGCAUUCAUCCUUUGGUUCUCUGCCUGAAAAAAAUCAAGUAACAAAAUGGAAGUUGAUUCUUUACCUAAGAACAUGCUUAAUAGUUCUAGACACUCUUCCUGAUACAUAAUAGCUUUCCACGUUCCAUAGCAGUGAUGGCAGAUAGCAAAAGGUGGAUCACACCCUUCCUGCCAUACUGUAGAUAGCUCUUGUCAAAGAAGGAAAUUAAAUACAGUACACUGAUGUUUCAAAACUGUGUGUUGAAAAUUGAUCUUUCAAGCAACUGCUCAUCUCAAGGUGAAGACUAUCAGUGUAUAGAUACCCAGGUUUCAAGCUGCAGUCUUGUUUGGAAGGAAAGAAUAUAAUUAGGAGUCACUGGAAUAGCUAGGAGAUUGCUGUACAUUUGGUGCUCGUUUCAAUUGGCUUUAACCUUCUCCAAUGCUCUGAAAUUCUGUUCACAGAACUGUGUAAGGCUGACAUCAUUGGGGUGGCCAUCUUUCGUAAAUUAGAGUUCUUCCCACGGCUCCAAUGGCUUCCCCAGGAUAAUAGGGAUACCAAGGGAGUAUUUGGACCUUA